AUGCAGUUUGCCUCCCUGCGCGACAUGCAGCUGCAUGUGCUAUCACACACACAUGGCAAGACACUGCACAGUUGUACAGUAUGCGGAAGAUCAUACACAACACCAUCAAAACUUCAGCGUCAUGUGCGUGUACACAGUGGGGAAAGGCCGUACAUGUGUAAUUUGUGCGGACGCCGCUUUACACGCUCAGACCACGUAAAGCAGCACAUGAAGGUGCACCAGCCGCACAGGCAGAAGAACAUGUGUCGCAUUUGUGGUGUCCGUUUUGCACGAUCCUCACUCCUUGGCAGCCAUCUGCGACGGCACAGUAUUCAUAUGAUUCAUGUAUGUCGCCGAUGUGGUGAAGGUUUCCAGGAGAACGAGGAACUUUUACUGCAUCGGAAGUUGCACAAGAUGAAAAGUAACUUGCGGCCCAAUGGUCGUCGUCGGAGUCGGGGUGCUCCUGUAGACAUGUCAGCAUUAACAAGUGUUCCACCAGAUGACAUCAAUCCAAAAAUGCCAUCAGAGGAAAUCUCUCGCCAGACCCUAUCCUCUCCAGAGAUCUCUCAACAAAGGUUGCCCUCUCCAGAAGUAUCUCGUGAAACAUUGAGUGCACUUAAGGCUGUGAUUAAGAGAGAACCUGGCUGUGCUAAAGAUCAAGAUUCCCGUUACACAAUGAGUCUGCUUGCAAGGAAUCCUGUGGCUGUGGCUCAAUGUCACCCAUUCAUGAAAUAUUCUGAAGACCUGCAAAGACAUGCUGAGUUAGAGCAAGGAGAUGCUGUCACACCUCCAACAUUGAAUGGCAAAAGACUCAGCAAAUGUGACCACUGUGGAAUGUGUAAGACUCACACACAAAAAGGCUUUAAUAAGUUUGCUGAAAUAGGGUGUCCAGAAUUGCAAAAUGGCCAACUGUCUGGGAUACUGCUCAGCUGCCAACUUUCCUUCAUGUACAAAGAGAAAGGCGAAUAA